UCCACCCACCUCGGCCUCCCAAAGCGCUGGGAUUACAGGCGUGAGCUACUGUGUCCAGCCACAUUCUUUCUUCUUUAACCAGACUUUACUUCAGCCUGUUCUAAAUUACUACUUUAUCCCUCUCUUCCAUUGUAACUUCUUGUUUUUUUUUGAAUUUUGUUCUAUCACUAGCUUAGUACUGUCCUUCUUUUCCCUUGACUUAUAUAGGCAAGAAAUUAUCGGGGAAAUCACUCUGGGACAACUGCUGAAUAUUCAAGCUGAAGAUAUACAGUCCCUGCUUAUUCAUGUGGAGCAGCAGCUAAAUGAAAACUUGACCUUGUUACAAAGAGAAAAGUCACUUACUUUUUCUUUUGAUAUACCAUGGUCUGAAGAACUUAAGGUCUUUUCUAAAGACAUGCUCGUACCUUUGUCAGAAACUGUAAAGAUCACCAAACCAAAGAAAAGAAAGAGACAUUUUCAAGAAAGGAGCAGAAAGCUUAGUAUGUAUGGGGUGAUGUAUGGAACAUGUUUGGGGCCAACCUCAGGGCCCCAAAAUGCAGGGUGAAUGAGGCCAAGGUAUAUGAAAGGAUACUAGUGAGAAUGGAGUUCAGUGGGAGAAUCUUAUUCACAGAAAAUGACCUUCCUGAGAAAGAUCUAUCCCACAGCUAAUACCAAGCUCUUAUUUCAUUAGAAUAUGGAUGGCGGGAUGAAACCAUGCAUUUCCAUAUCAUAAAGCCUCAGUCCCCCUGCUUUGUAUCUCUUAUGGUAGCUCACUGAAUUAGAUUUUACAAAGGAUCUUACUCAAUACCUCUGUGUUUCUGUUAACUGUUUUUCUCCCAAUAUCUCUGCAGUUAAAAAGGACCUGAGAGUUGCCAGGAAGCACAGAAAGACAAAGUUGGGAAAGUCUGUUUCCAUGUUGAUGCCUUCAGAAGAUGCAGGUGAACAAAGAGAGGCCAGAAAAUCAGAGCAAGUUGAAACCCAACAUGUUACCUUACAGCCAGAGCUACCACUGAGUUCUUUAAGCACAGUCAAAUCCCAGGAUUAUGCUGAAACAGAGAACGAGGUCAUUUUACAAGUUAUGGAGGCCAUGGAGGCCACAGAAGCCCUAGAGGCCACAGACACCAUGGAAGCCAUAGAUCAAGGUAGCAUGAAAGAUUAUGGAGACGUGAUCUCUAAGCUGGAAAGAAAAGAACACAUUAAAAGGCUUUGGAAAAAGGCAAUGAGAAAAAGCCACAGAAUAGCCGAUGUGCAGUGGAAAGAGAAACAAGAUUUGAAGGAUGUUUCAGAGGUGACUACAGAAGAACCUAAGGAAGAUGUCAUAAAAAUUGAUGAGCAAGAAGAAGGUAAAUGGAAGAAAAGUGAAAAGAAGAAGACCCGGGGUUUGGCCGGGACCCCUGGACAUGCAAGUAGACCGGACACCAGAUCUUGGAGGGAUGACAUUUGCUCUCUUGUCACUUCAAGGAUAGCAAGUUCCCAUCCAGGAAUGUUAAGGGAUCUGGGCAAAGAAUUGGUAGGCCUGGCUGGGGUGAUACUUGCUGACCGACAGCCCAGCUGGAAUCUCUUCCAAGAGAUAUGCCCCCUUUUAAAGGAUUCAAGCUCAGUCUCAUUAGAAUUAGAUGACAGAGUAUUGGAAGAAACACCCACCAUAACCAAACAAGUCAUUAAAGGGGGUGUCAAGGACAAAAGGACAGGAGUAUUGACAGAACAAGAGGAUAAAAAAGCAUUAAAGGAAGAUGAGAAAUUUUCUCAAGAAGAAAAGAAAAAGAAAGCUGUUUUCCCAGCAGAUCGCUUAGUCUUGGAGAAAAGGAAAUUUAAAAGAAAAAUGGGGAAACUGGCCAAGCAAGAAAGGAAAAUAGCUAAGGAAGAAAGGAAACUGACAAAACCAGAGGAAAAAAUGCAGAGAAAGAAGAAACCAACCAAAGAUAAAAAGAAACUGACCCAUCCAGAAGAAAAAAUGGCCCAGGAAGAAGAAAUACGUGCUUCCCCACAAAAGGAAUUAAUUAUGGAAGAUCAGAAGUUAGUCCUAGAAGAAAAAAGACUAACUGGAAAAAGGGGACAACUACUAGGGAAAGGAAAGAAAGUGAUCAGGAAAAAGCAGCCAAUCCUGAAAAGGGAAAGGUCGGAAUGGGAAAAGAUGCAGGCCCAGGAGGAAAGCAUGAGGGCCCAGGAAGAGAAAGAGCUAGCUGGGGAAGAGGAGGAGCUGGCUGGGGAAGAGAAGGAGCUGGCUGGGGAAGAGAAGGAGCUGGCUAGGGAAGAGAAAGAGCUGGCUGAGGAAGAGGAGAAGCUGCUGGCUGAGGAAGAUAAAGAGCUGGCUGAGGAAGAGGAGGUGGCAGGGGAAGAGGAGGAGCUGGCUGAGGAAGAGGAGGAGCUGGCUGGGGAAGAGGAGGAGCUGGCUGAGGAAGAGGAGGAGCUGGCUGGGGAAGAGGAGCUGGCUGAGGAAGAUAAAGAGCUGGCUGAGGAAGAGGAGGAGAAAGCAAUUGAGGAAGAAGAACAAUGGAUUCAGGAAAAACUAGCCUUACAAAAGGAGAAACUGGCCCACGAAGAGAGAGUAUGGAGUCAGAAAGACAAGAAACGGGCCUGGAAAAAGAAGAAAGAGGUAGAGCCAAAAAAAAGAGUCUGGAAAAAAGAGAAAUUGUCCUUAGAAGAGGAGGAACAGGCUGGUGAAAUGGAGGAAGAGUUCCAGGAAAAAGAGAAAGAGGCCAAGGAAAUAGAGAAAAGGCCAUUGGCAAAGAGACAAGCCCCAAAAGACAGUAAACUGGCCAAGAAAGAGAGUGAUAUUGCUGAGAAAGAAAAGGCAAUGGCCAGGGAAGGAAUUGGCAUAACUGAGAAAAAGAAAAAAAUAACCCAGGAAGAGAAAGAAAUUAUGAAAGAAGAGGGCAAAUUGUCCCAGGAAGACAGGAAACUGGCCUAUGACAUUAUGACCAAGGAGAGAGAUGUUGCCAAGAAGAAAAAGAAAACCAAAGAGGAAAGAAAACAGGCAAUGAGAAAACUGGAUAUGGAAGAAGGGAUUGGUUCUGAAGAGAAAGAGGCUCGCUUCAGGGAAGAAAAUAUAAGAAUGAAAGAGAAUCAACUGUUUGGGAUCCUGGCACGAAUAGUUAGAGAAUUGGUUACAGUUCCUUCAGAAGAAAGAGAAAUAACUGAGGGAGAGACAUCAUCCAUUAUAGAAAAGAGUGAAAUUGAUGGCGACAGGUGGGAAUUUUUUAAGGAACAGAGGGAAUUAAUUAAAGAAGAGAAGGAACAGGCUCAGAAACAUAGGAAACUAGUAGACAGACUGGUCACUAAAGAGAGAAUGCUAACUGAUAAAGAGAGCUUGGAGGAGGACCAAAAGUUAUUAGAGGAGGUCCAGGAAAAUAUACUAUUCAAUAAAAUCCAGGUACAGACUAUGUUAAAGGAGUUUCAGAAGACAAAUUUGUUAGAAAAAAGGCAGGUAGAGGAGCUUCUGAAGAAAGUUGAGGAGCGUGAACUAAAGAAGACUCAGAUGAAGUGGUUAUUAGAUAAUCUCAGAAUUAUACUAUUAAAGGACUUAUAUAAGGGCUUGACUGAGAAGGAAACAGAGGAAGGUCUAAUUAAGAAAGGGAAACAGGAGGAGAUUCUGCCCAAGAAAGAGAAAAGGAAACAUCUGAUUAAGAAGAAGAAAGCAAGUAUGAGUGAAGAGGAAUUGGAGGAUAACUUGACUAAGAAGCUAAAGGAAGAGGGUUUGACUCAAAAAAGGAAAAUGGAAAAGAGGUUGACUAAAGAGAAAGAGAGGCUGAUUAAGAAAAAAGAGGGCCCACAAGAAGAAAAGAAGAGCCUUAGCGAAGAGGAGUGGGGGCGCUGGAGUGAGGAGGAGGAAGAGGAGAGCCUGAAGGAAGAGGAAGAGGAAAUGGAGGAAAAAGAGAAGGAGGAGAAGGAAAGGCAGAAGGAUGUGGAAAGCCUGAGUGAAGAGAAGGAAAAGGAGAGCAGACUUAUGGAGGCAAUGUUCUCAGAAGAGGAGAGAGUAUUGAAAACAAAGUUCCCAAAGGAAGAGGUGAGAUUAUCCAAGCUGGUGAUAGAAGGUGAGGAUCUUGCUGAGGAAAGCGAGGGUACAGCUAAAGGAGAAAUGCAUUUUAAGAAAGAGGGCUUGCUUGAUGUAAGGAGAGACUCCAGACUUAUGGACAAGGCUAUGUGGCCAACAGUUCUGAAGAGCCCCUCCAAAAUACCAUUCCAGGUAACCCUGGAGGAAAAAGAGGGAACACCCCUGAAAGUGUUAGAGGAUCACUUGGAUUCUGAAAACAGACAGGGCCGUCAACUUCUUGGAGUACACCCCAUGACAAGUUCACUGGGAAGAGAAGAGAAUGAACUCUUGGAGAAAGCCAGGGGUAUGUUUUUACAAGCCAUGGAAACAGGCUUAGAGACCCAGGUCCCAGAAGGUCUCCACAGGCCAGAGUUUCAAUUAUCUGAUACUUCCAUGGAACCACACAAACCUAAACACCGACACAAAGGUGAAAGAUGGAAGUGGUUCUUGGGGUAUCAGGAUUCUUUGAUGGGGGAAACUAAGGGUCAGGCUCCAGCUCCAGUCCCAGCCUUUUCACCUGAAAUGCCAGAUAGGAGAUAUCGAAGGCUGGCCUUCUCAGAAGCAAGCUUCUCAGACGAGGAUUGGAUUAACAAUGCCUUACAAAGGUUGGAAGCAGGAAAGCAACUUUCCAGGGACAGUUUUCAUCGACUGAGUCAGAUCCUCAGAGACUUUACUUCAAAGAGACACUUGAAAUGGAUGCGUAUGUCCAAUCUUAAGGUCAUUGCUAAACAUCUCAGGCAGAACCUAGAGUUAAGUCCCACUGAUACAUUACAACUCUGUAAGGAAGUUUUGAGUCCGGUGCACUUAAAAGAGAUCCCUCCAAUUAGAAAAAAAGAAACACAGAAAUGGUUGGGGCUGUCCUCUGUGCCCAAACCAGUAUUACCAUCAGCCAUCAAGAGGACUCAGACCCCACAGGCUGUCAGCUGGCAUCUCUUAGCUGAGUCCCAUAGGAAGAAGCAGGCACAACAGUUAUCCACUGCUCUCAAGGAGAUAAAGCACCUUUAUCCAGUCACAAGGGAUGUUCCUAUAGCUGUUUGUCCCUCUGUGGAUAAGAAAUCUCUAGCCUUGGUAUUUGAGAAGGACUUCCCAGCCUUGAGGAGGAAGGGUGAGAUCUCCAAAUCUCACCCUUCGGCAAAGGAGGAAGCACUGCCCAUCCCUGCUCCAGUGAUACCACCAAUUACCAAGAGGAUUCAAGUCCCGAAGGCUAUGAACUGGCAUCUUUUGGAAGAGCCUCACAGGAGUGCGCAGGUACAACGGUUAUCUGAUGCCCUCAAAGAGAUGGAGAUGCAACAUUUUUAUCCUGCCACAAGAGACAUGUUCACAGGUGCCCAUGCCUCUGUGGACAAACAAACUCUAGCACUAAUGUUUCAGAAGGAUCUCGGGGCUUUUAAGGGUAAGGGCAGGCCCCCUAAAUUGCCCAAGUUGGAGAAGAAGGCACAAUCCAUCUCUAAAAAGAAGGAAGAGAUGCCUUUGUGGGAGACGUUUGUGGCACUGUACCAUGUUUUGCGGAUGCUGCAGCAGCGAUAUGCAAAAGACAGUGCUGCUUGGAUGGAACAGUUCUACCAGCUCAUGGACCUGUACCAACUUAAGUCCCCUAGAAUCCAGAGGCUUCUACUAGAGUUACUGCAGAGAGAGGAACUUCAACCCCAAGAGACCAUCUACAAAAAUGCCCUGAAGACCAAGGAGCUGGCAUAUGGUGAGCGUUUGUUCUACCACCUGUUUUGUGGUCAUUCCCAUGACCCUGCAGGUCCCCUCAAGUUCCAGGAUGUGGUACCCCUCCCUGGGCAGAACAAUGUCCAUACUAUCCAACCUGAGGGCAUUGCCCAGUAUGGCUUCCUACAACUUGCCUGGAAAAGCCUACCGCAAGUCAGUCCUCACCGUAUUGAGAGGCUGCCCAGCGUUCCUACUCCUACUAUGAUUGGGCUUAAUAUUAGGACUUUGGGAUUCUAUGGGAAAAUGAGCCUGGGCCACAGAUUUUAA